UGCUGCUGGUGGUGGUGCUGGUGUUGGUGAACGGGGCUUGUCUUCUGGCUGGCUGGAUGUGUUGACACGCAUUUCUGCUCCAUCUCCUUGAUUAAAGCGGCAGCCUGGAGGGGAGUCGCAGCCGAGUGUGAAGCAGCAGCGGCAGCAGCAGCAGCAGCAGUAGUCAGGGGUCUGGGCAGGCGGAGGAAUGAGAGAGGACCGAGCCGCGGCAUCUUCACUAUGCAGCCGACUACCACCACCAGCCGUCCAUUUUAUACGACUAUAUGAGCCGAUGAGCUCCAGUUUGUCUGUGUCUUGCAGGCAGGCAGCAACAGUGUGCGGUCCCGGAGAUGACAAUAUAGGCCAACGCCUCGCUGCAGCUACAUACAGGGAAUGAAAACGCUCCCAAGAUGGUCCGCAUCGCCAAGGCCCUGGGUUUGGUUAUUCUGUGCGUCGCUGUGCUCAUACUGUCGCUCAUCAGCUAUGUCUCCCUGAGAAAAGACAGCCUCUUCACCUCCUCUAAAUAUUACAUGGGAGGCCCGAGGAUUAUGUUCCAUGCAGGAUUUCGGUCUCAGUUUGCCAUGAAUUUUCUGGACCCAUCCUUCAUCCCAUUAACCAACGCCCUGAACGAAGAGCUUCAAGGAAAACCGUCCAAAUGGAAGUUCAACAAGACUGCUUUUUAUCAGCAGAGGAAAGAUAUCUUCAGCUACAUUGACAUUCCCAACAACUUCUCCCUCACAAAGAAUCGUGUGCGUGUUGGCCAGCUGAUGCACUUUGAUUACUCCAGCCACAAGUACGUCUUCUCCAUCAGCAACAACUUCAAAUCCCUGCUCCCAGACACCUCUCCUAUCCUCAACAAGCACUACAGCAUGUGUGCUGUGGUGGGAAACAGCGGCAUCCUGACCGGCAGCCACUGUGGUCCAGAAAUCGACCAGGCUGACUUCGUCUUUCGCUGCAACUUCGCUCCCACGGAGGUCUACUCCAAGGAUGUGGGCAGGAAGACCAACCUGACCACCUUUAACCCCAGCAUCCUGGAGAGAUACUACAAUAACCUGCUGACCAUUCAAGACAGGAAUAAUUUCUUCCUCAACCUGAAGAAGCUGGAGGGAGCCAUCCUGUGGAUCCCCGCCUUCUUCCUCCAUACCUCAGCCACAGUGACCAGGACCCUGGUGGACUUCUUUGUGGAGCACAAGGGCCAACUGAAGGUCGAACUGGCCUGGCCAGGAAACAUCAUGCACGAUGUCAACAAAUACUGGAAGACUAAAAACCUCUCUCCCAAACGUCUCAGCACGGGAAUACUCAUGUACACUCUGGCCUAUGCCAUGUGCGACGAGAUCCAUCUGUACGGCUUCUGGCCCUUCGGCUGGGACCCCAACACGGGCAAAGAGCUGCCUUACCACUACUACGACAAGAAAGGGACCAAAUUCACCACCAAGUGGCAGGAGACUCACCAGCUGCCCAGCGAGUUCAAGCUGCUCUACAAGCUGCACAGGGAAGGCGUGACCAAGCUCAGUCUGACGCACUGCACUGCUUAGACAUACAAUGAGUGUUGGAUGGUUUAAGAGGUGACUCCACAGGCCGUGACCCAGAUACAUCAGCUCUGUUCAAAACUUCUGUUGUGACCCACGUUGCAUGAUAAGUGUUAAGGCAAUUUAUGACACCCUCAUUCUACAAACACACACUCACAUCACGCUGUGAUUUCACAUGAAGAUGUCAGGCUCACUCGUGGUAUAAAUCGCAGAUUCAUUCGGUAUAUCGUUGUGUUCAGUACAGUUAGGAUUUUUAUGCUGCUCAGUUGCUUCCAUUAGUCUCCUUUGCAUGGCUGCUGGCCGUGGCUAAACAGCUCGAACAGAACAAACGUCUAUUUAACUGGAGUCCGCAGGGGAUUCAGCUGUGGAAACAGAGAGUCAAAUCUGUUUAAUACAGUAUUGAUAGAUUUAUCGCCUUUUACAACAGUAUACUGAUUCUGUACACUGAAAUCACUGCCCAAUCUCAGGGAAGGAGUUAGAUCAGUGUUUUUUUGUAAUCAGAUUCAAUGCCUCAAGAGAGGUGCAGUUCCUGUUUUCAGGCCUUUUCCCCCUUGAGCUGUCAGACAAUCUGCACUGCUCUGGAAGACGGUAUAUGUUUACAAGACUGUACUGUAUAUAUC